GCAGCGCCAGCUGCUCCAGCUGCUCUGGGUCGAGCGCCGGCGCCCCAAGCUGUGGCUGCCGCGGGCGGUGGGCGGGCGGAGGGCAGCACCGGACCUCCCAGAGCAGGGGGCCGGCCCCGGGGCGGUUGCCGCGGGAAGCCGAGGUGCGAGGGAGCGGCGGAGGGACCCCCCGCAGCCAGGAGGCGAGGACCCGGGCUGGGCUGGGCUCUCUGCAGCCCGGUAUCUUCCUAUCUCAUAAUUUCAGUGUCCUGCCAUCUGAAGAUUCCACCAAGAUAAUAUGAUAGGAACUUUGAGUGAAUUGAAGCCAUAUCCUACUUAGACUAAUGUGAGCCUCCCAGAUUUCCUACGACUGCUUGUUAAUUGGCACAGGCAAUAAUGCCAUCUCUGCCUCAAGAAAGAGGGACCCUCUCCCCUGGAUCUGAAUACAGAAUUGCCGUAUCAAAACACAAUGAAAAGGAAAGUCAGAAAGAAGAAAAAGAAGGGAACCAUUACAGCAAAUGUUGCCGGGACAAAGUUUGAAAUUGUGCGUUUAGUAAUAGAUGAAAUGGGUUUUAUGAAAACUCCAGAUGAGGAUGAAACAAGUAACCUUAUCUGGUGUGAUUCUGCUGUUCAGCAGGAGAAGAUUGCAGAGCUGCAAAAUUACCAGAGGAUCAACCAUUUUCCAGGAAUGGGGGAGAUCUGUAGGAAGGAUUUCCUAGCAAGAAAUAUGACCAAAAUGAUCAAGUCCCGGCCUCUGGAUUAUACCUUUGUUCCUCGAACAUGGAUCUUCCCUGCUGAAUAUACACAAUUCCAGAACUACAUGAAAGAAUUAAAGAAAAAAAGAAAGCAGAAAACUUUUAUAGUAAAACCAGCUAAUGGUGCAAUGGGUCAUGGGAUUUCUUUGAUAAGAAAUGGUGACAAACUUCCAUCUCAGGAUCAUUUGAUUGUUCAAGAAUACAUUGAAAAGCCUUUCCUAAUGGAGGGUUAUAAGUUUGAUUUACGAAUUUAUAUUCUGGUAACAUCGUGUGAUCCACUAAAAAUAUUUCUAUACCAUGAUGGACUUGUGCGAAUGGGAACAGAGAAGUACAUUCCACCUAAUGAGUCCAAUUUGACCCAGUUAUACAUGCAUCUGACAAACUACUCUGUGAACAAGCACAACGAGCAUUUCGAAAGGGAUGAAACUGAAAACAAAGGCAGCAAACGUUCCAUCAAAUGGUUUACAGAAUUCCUACAAGCAAAUCAGCAUGAUGUUGCUAAGUUUUGGAGUGAUAUUUCAGAAUUGGUGGUAAAGACCCUGAUUGUAGCAGAACCUCACGUCCUGCAUGCAUAUCGAAUGUGCAGACCUGGUCAGCCUCCGGGAAGUGAAAGUGUCUGCUUCGAAGUGCUGGGGUUUGAUAUUUUGUUGGAUAGAAAACUAAAGCCAUGGCUUUUGGAGAUCAAUCGAGCCCCAAGCUUUGGAACUGACCAGAAAAUAGACUAUGAUGUAAAAAAGGGAGUGCUGCUAAAUGCGCUGAAACUGCUAAAUAUAAGGACCAGUGACAAAAGGAGAAACUUGGCUAAACAAAAAGCUGAGGCUCAAAGGAGGCUCUAUGGUCAAAAUUCAAUAAAAAGGCUUUUACCGGGCUCCUCAGACUGGGAACAGCAGAGACACCAGUUGGAAAGGCGGAAAGAAGAGUUGAAAGAGAGACUUGCUCAGGUACGGAAGCAGAUCUCAAAAGAAGAACAUGAAAAUCGACACAUGGGGAAUUAUAGACGCAUUUAUCCUCCUGAAGAUAAAACGCUGCUUGAAAAGUAUGAAAAUUUGUUGGCUGUUGCUUUUCAGACCUUCCUUUCAGGAAGAGCAGCUUCAUUCCAGCGAGAGCUCAAUAAUCCUUUGAAAAAGAUGAAGGAGGAAGAUAUUUUGGAUCUUCUGGAGCAAUGUGAAAUUGAUGAUGAAAAGCUGAUGGGCAAAACUGCCAAGCCUCGAGGACUGAAGCCUCUGUCUUCCAUGCCUGAGAGCAGUGAGAUGAUGAAAAGACAGAAGUACUAUAGCAGUGACAGCAGCUAUGGUAGUAGCAGCAGCUCUUCAGAAUCAGAAGACAAUGGAAAGGAAGAGUACCAAAACAAGAAAAGAGAAAAGCAAGUUACAUAUAAUCUUAAACAGUCCAACCACUACAAAUUAAUCCAACAGUCCAGCUCCAUAAGGCGUUCAGUCAGUUGCCCUCGGUCCAUCUCAUCUCAGUCACCAUCCAGUGUGGACAACCGCCCCUUUUCUGCUCAACAAAUGAUAUCAGCAUCCCGGCCAACAUCAGGGUCUCGGUCACAUUCUUUAAACCGUGCUUCUUCCUACACGAGGCAUAUGCCUCACAGUAAUGAUGCCAGCUCCACUAGCUCUCCCAUGUGUGAGUCUUUGCGGCAACUGAGAACAAAAGAACAAGAAGAUGAUCUAACAAGUCAGACCUUAUUUGUUCUCAAGGACAUGAAGAUCCGGUUUCCAGGAAAAUCAGAUGCAGAAUCAUUACUUCUGAUAGAGGAUAUCAUUGAUAACUGGAAGUAUCAUAAAACAAAAGUGGCUUCAUAUUGGCUUAUAAAAUUGGACUCUGUGAAACAACGAAAAGUUUUGGACAUAGUAAAAACAAGUAUCCGUACAGUUCUUCCACGCAUCUGGAAGGUACCUGAUGUCGAGGAAGUAAAUUUAUAUCGGAUUUUCAAUCGGGUUUUCAAUCGCUUGCUCUGGAGUCAUGGCCAAGGACUAUGGAACUGUUUCUGUGACUCAGGAUCCUCUUGGGAGAGUAUUUUCAGUAAAAGCCCGGAGGUGGUGACUCCUUUGCAGCUCCAGUGUUGCCAGCGCCUGGUGGAGCUUUGUAAACAGUGCCUGCUAGUGGUUUACAAAUAUGCAGCUGAUUCAAGAGGAUCACUCUCAGGCAUUGGUACCGAUUGGGGUAAUUCCAGGUAUUUACUACCAGGAAGUACACAAUUCUUCUUGAGAACACCAACAUACAACUUGAAAUACAGUUCACCUGGAAUGGCUCGCUCCAAUGUGUUGUUUACAUCCCGAUAUGGCCAUUUGUGAAACAGAAGGGAAGAUCGCAAUGAGUUAUGCAUAAUAGCAAUUAUUAUCUUCCCAUUUUAACAUGGCAAAGACAGUGACCAUUAAGUACUGUUUAUGUAUAUAUGACAUAUAUAUGUGGGAGAAUAUAUACACACAUGCACUCAAAUAACAUAUAUAUUUAUUAUAAUAUAUGAAAAAGAAUUAGCAGGAAACUGGAUAUAAGAUUUAACCUUUCUGGAAAUGUAAUAAACCAUGUUAAAACUGUUUACACAAAUAUGUGAAUGUCUAGAAUUUGCUAGGUUUAUAAUUAAUACCUUCCUACUAGAAAUGUUAUUUUUGCUGCAGAGUAUAUAAAAGAAUUGAUCUUGAAGAUCCCAUUACAAGUGUUAAAUUAUUUUCUAGAUAACAUGUCUUUUGACUUGAAAAAGCAGUAAUAGUAAAUUACCUUAUUAAUUCUCCUAUAUAUAGUAGCUAUUUAAAAUGGAAAAAAAAAUUGGAAGCCUGGUGUUGCUUGACGGUAGGAUUAAGUAUAAGGUGGGUUUGUCAUUACUAUGGCACACUGUAAAGUACUAUAAAAAUUCCAACCCGAUACUCUAACAUUUUUAUUCCUCUAUGUGGAAAUUUAGCUACCUGUGAAAAUGAUAAUGUACAUUUUCAGUAAGGAUCAUAUUAUGAUCUAAAAUGGAAGACAAUCCAGUGGGUUAAAAAUAAAAUAUACUAGCUUGUAUUUUUACUUUUCAUCAGGAGUCACAAAAAGAGAACGGAAAAUAAUGGUUAAUGGUGACAUCUUACCACAUGAUUUUUCUAUCUCUUACCACUGAACUUUUAUUUGGAAAGUGUGUCUCUGAUGGGUGCAUAUGGUUAAAUACAAUCCCUUCUGUUCUUCAGAAGUGGAAGAGCUGAAAUUUUAAACUUACUUUAAUGUUACAAAAUAAUGUGUCACUCUUAUAAGUUUCUCAGUGUUGAGACCAACUUACAUUGCAAACUCUAAUACAGAGUUUCAUAUUUCAUCAUAGAAAUUAAUCUAAACUAUUUCAAAUAGAAGAUUCUGAUUAGUAGAUAUUAUUAGGCAUGGAUGUGCCCUUGAGAAUUUUAAAAAAUAAAAAUAUAGUAUGAAAUUUUCUUCUUGUCCCAAGUUAUUAUGCAUAAGUUUCAUAGCAGCUUAUUUCCUUUUACAGUUUUGAAAGCAAUGUGUGAGGUUUCAGUUUUCUAUACAAAUAUAAACAGCAGUAGGAUAAAUAGCCAUAGAAAUUACAAUAUUGACCUUUAAGUUUAUUAAACGUCACUCAAUAAUUUUAAUUUCUCAGAGAUGCUAAUUAUUUGCAAAAUUCAUGAAUGUUUUACCUCCUUUUACUAUCCUGAUAGCUAUUUCCAGUAAAUCAAGAAAUGGGCCCAAAGCAGAAGGAGAACUGAAAGAGGCAAAGUGGCCUGCUUUAAUUCACAAGCUGGAUAACUGGCAAGCCAAAGUUGUAAGUUAGAUACAUUUUACAUUUAAAGCCAUGUUCUGCAGUUGUAUUGGGAUAAAACAGAUUCUUCCCUAAAUUACCUCCAGCUACUUGAUUCUUUAUGAAUAUGGGAGUAUCCUUACUCUAAUGGAUACUUUUCCUUGCUAAUUGCAUCCCAAAGAAGAGUUUGUUAUUACCUUUGUAGAGAAAGAGAGUAAGGAUGUUAGGAUGAAGGAAAUUACAGUGUAGCUCUGAGUGUUUAUGAUAUCAUCUUGUGAAUUCUUAAGUAUGUUUAGAAUUUUUUGAUAAAUAAUGCAAAUAGUUGGGGUAUUAACAAAAUCGUUAUAAAAAUGAUCAGUGAGUAGGCCUUUUCCUGGAGCAAUUUUAGUCAUUUUUCUUUUAAAUUCAUGAAUGAGACAGAAUUUAAAGUGUCUGGUAUAUGAUAUUGACCCAGUUUGUUGACCACUCACUUGCAUUUGCUUAAAUCAAAGUGAUGACUUAAUUUGCUAGAGUGAAUAUUUUGAAAAUUCUUUUCUUGGUUGUACAAAAGUGAAAUUUUAAUUCAAAGGGAAAAAAAAUGCCCAAUAUACUUCCCCCUAGAGGGAAAAAAACAUACAAAAAAAGAGUAAAUUUAAAUGAUUUAAAUGUAAGAAACUACCCAGUUACCAUGUGAGCAAACUUCAUUCUUCUAGCUACUUAGGCCUGGCUUUUUUUGAGUACUAGAAUUUUAUUUUCCCCCAUUUGCCUAUUUAUACUGAUCUAGUCUGAUAUGAUGAAGUUGUGAAUAAAAGUCCUGUACUCAUUAUUUAUGUAUACUACCUGGUAUGCUGUGGAUGAUGGUUGUGGUGAUGCUUAUUCCCUAAUGAGAAACUAAGAAGAGAAGAUACGGUAAUAAACUGUGGAAGUCUCUAGAGGCCAUAGAAAUGUUUUAGAGGUAUAAAAUAUUCCUUAGUUUUUAUUAUAAAUUUUUUAUUCAUAGAGUUAAAAGCUAUCAGUAUAAGUGAUAGUCUGACUUUCUCUUCCAGGAGGGAAAUAACUUUAUCUGAAAAACUCCAGAAGCUAUUCAAUCUUACCAGGAGAUUUUAAUAGGGAAUUUGGUUUACUUACAGUGAAAGCACAUUUUCAUUCUGUUACACCCUGCUCAUUCUGUAACUAAUGCUUUCCAGAACUGCAUAUGAUUAUAAUGAUUUCCAGAAUUGUAUAAAAAGUAAUCUUUUAAUGUUUAAGUUAUCAUUUAUGAACAUAGCAUGAGAUUACAGCUUAGUUUUUGCUUUAAUAAUCCAACAUUGUAAAUGUUACCAUUUGCUUUCUGUAUUCUGUUGAAGGAGCUAUUGUGACUCAUAUUAUGAUUAUUAGCAACAAAUUUUACUUUACCUUGCAUGUGUAAAAAUGAAAUUAUAACAGGAUCAAAUAUAGAAAUGGCAAUGGUUGUCUCUGUCAGAUGCAAAGAUCUGUACAUAUUUUUUCAUAUAUCUCAACUAGGUCUAAAUAUUCAAAACUUGUCUAUUAAUUCCUUUACCCCAAACUAAAAUGAACUAAACUCAAGCAAAAAGCCCCAAUCUUCUCAUCUAAUGUUUACACAGAGCUAGAUGACAGUGGCUUCUAGACAUCAAGAAAAGGAUUUCAUUCUAAUUCUGUUUUUAAUGAUUAUAGAAUUUUGUUAUGUAACUCAAAAUUUCACAUCUUAAUAUAAUUUAAUCCAAAUGCUUUCUUUCUUCUUUAGCAUGUCAAAGUCAUCCCAUUAAAAAAUUCUCUUUAAACCUAAACAUCUAUAUUACUUGACUGUUCAAAAGUACCAAAAAAAUUUGCAUAAAAUCUAUUAUUUCUAGUUUUCUAUAAAGCACUAUUUUUUUCUAAAAUGUAUAUUCUUUAAAAAAUAAUAAGUAUCUUGAGAAGAGUGAAAAAACAUACCUUCCUUUUCUUUUCUGUAAUGCUAUUUUCCAUUUCGAGUCUUAGUUUAUUUGGUUCUAAGGGUUAAACAAUAAAAAAAGUAUAAUUACAACUAGCUGUGUCGCUGUGACCUGAUGAUUUUUGAAAAUUUCUUUUCUUUUUAAAUGGAGAAUUUUAAGCUUUAAGGACUUAGUUAUCUAAUUAUUUUGUUCUAAUUCUACUUACAAAUAAAUUAAAAUUUGGAAGUAUAUUGAUGAUCAAAAUUUUAUUCCUGACACUGUUUUUUUCUUUUUCUUUUCUUCUUCUUUUUUUAAACUUUAAGUUCCCUUUGAAGUUUUGACUUUGCGUGGACAAAGUCAAGAAAAGAGAAAUCCUGCCUUUUAAACAUUGGUUUAUGGUGGUGUAUUUUUGCCUCAGCAACAAUAAAACUUAGAUAAAAUGUGUUAUUGAAUCAAGUUCAGUUUUUCUGCUCAGAUAUUUAAGAACAAUGUUGUAGUUUCAGUAUCUAAAAAAAAAGAGCAUUAAUUUUCUGGAUCCAUAUGAAUCAAGAUAUAUGACUAUGAAUAACAGGCUUGUGACCAAAAAAUUGUAAUAUUAAAACUUAUUGCACACCUUGAGAUUGCUGCCUUUUUUUGGUAUUUUUUUUUUUUUGCCUUGUCACGAGUGGGUAAAUGGAAUAGUGAAGGAAAAAUAUUCAGGUGACACAUUUUGCAUUACCUAGGCUGUAUUACCUAAAAGAGCUACAUAAAUCUUUUAUUUUAUCCCCACCUGCUAACUUGAAAACUUUUGGUAAAAUCAUCAUUCAAUAAGCUAAUAUUUUCUAAAUUAAUAAGUCUUACAAAAGUAAUCAGAUAAUACUGAUAUUUCUCUUUCAAAGGCUAACAAUGACAGUCCUUGGUCCUGAGCUGAUUGGUUCAUACGUAACUACUGUACAUGUUACAACAUUGAAUAUUAAUAGAUUAGCUGAAGAUUCUGGGUUUGAAGAUGAGCUUGAAAGCAAUACAUUUGCUACCAUGAAUCAUGACUCAAAUUAUCCCCAUGUGUUUUACUAUCUGUAUAUGAAUGCAAAUGUUGUUACAGAAAAUAUGCUUGAAAUGUCAACACAAUGUGCAAUUAGUAUUGCAUUGUCAUGCUUCAGCAUGUGAUAUCUGUGCAGUGGAAAUUAUUUCAAUUACUCAGAUAUGUUACCAUAAUAAAAAAAGUAUUUAACAUAAGAAAGCUA